GUCGAUUUCGCACGAUCUCUCUUGAUGACACAGAUAGUCUGUCCGUUCAAGAAGCGGUCUAUACAGCGUCUGUCUUUUCAAACAGAAUACCCAUGAAGUCUAGACGUUCUUCAUCCCAGGCUGACUCUAUUCUUCAUGCUUUGGCUCCACCUUCUCACACUCUCAAGGCCCGCCGUUUAUCCAAGAACAAUGACCCAGAGCCAACCCAAGGAGAGAUGAAACGAAAGCGUUCGAUUGUACACGAGUACCAAAAAGAGCUCAGUAACCAUAGUGCGGUCAGCCCGAGAUUCAUGACGCUACGUAAGCUGAGUGAAGUGACGGUGCUGCCUUCACAUGGCAUUUCAUUUUCAAACAGUCCAGAUAUACCGCCUGUUCCUCACAUACCCCAUAUUCACGCCAAUAAUAAUAGUAAUAACAACAAUACCAUGGCAACUUCAGUCACCCAUCCAUCUCCUCCUCCUUCCAUAUCCGAACCCUCAGAUAGUUCAAAGCCCGCGAGCCCAGAUGCGCUAUCAGGCAUUGACCGCAUCAUCGAGGCUCAGCUGCAAUACCAUCUAGGUCAGAUGGCCUGGCGAGUCUCCGAGAGUCAUAUCGAGGCACGUCGGUUCUGGGAAGAGCAAAAGAGUCAAGUCUUUGGCUUUACAACAAACGUGAUUGACCGUCUAGAACGUGACUUGAAUCAGCGAUUGAAAGACCUGAUUGAUUCCAAAACAGACCUUGAUCCCGAUGUGAGCAGUCUAAAACGAGAACUAGAAUGGCAUAAACAGCAAUUGGCUGAGAAACAGUGUCAGUUACAUGAACUCGAGGUGCUGCGCAUUAGAAAUUCUGAAUUAGAAAAGCAGCAUGAUAUUGACGUGGCCAUUAUCAAGAGUCAGCAGAUGGAUAAGGAAAAGAUUGAAGCUCGUUUGCUCAAAUACGAAGAAACAGGUGCGCCCGGCAAGAGACAUCAGAUGAAGCUAUUUGAACUCAAGUCUCAUUCAAAGCAGCUCAGAUCUCAUGUUGCUCGGGUUGAACAAAUCAAUAAGACGCUCCAUCAGCAAGUGAAUGAGUAUCAAAAACAGCUUGAGGCUAAGGACGAGGAGAUCAAGCAACUGCUAACCAAAAUGAAACGAAAAUGCUCAAAUGAUAGUACUAAUACGACUGCACGUUCUAGCAAGCAUCAGACGUGGGUAGAAAUUAUGGAAUCAGAAGACGAGGCCAAAAAAAAUGCAGAAAUGUGGGCAAACAAGUAUAAAGAACUUGAGAAGGUACAUCAGGAAUUGGAAAUAGACCACGCUAGAUUGAUGUCGGAAAAGGAUCAAGAGAUUCGACAGCUCAAACAAUUAGAUAGCAUAAAUCGUGUUCAGCUCGAAUAUAUGCAAUUAGAACUAAAGAAAAAAGUACAGCCAUCAAAGCAUGGUGCCUGUAAUAAAUACCAAAUACAGGCGCCUUCACGUGUUUCCAAAUCACAAAGCAUUAUUGCAAAGGAUGGUUACUUGACAUUUACAGCAGAGAUCAAUGGUCAAUUAUCAAAGUAUUCUGUAAAAAUUCCUCCAAAGCAAGCUCAAAUACCUAUUAAAAAGACAACCCUUAAUCCAAAUGCUCCUCCUUGGAGAGGCACUUUUAAGACCUAAGUGUAUAUCAUAGAACUUUAUAAUAAUAUACCCGCCUACAAUUACCCCCCUUCUCUCUUCUUCCCUUUUUUAGAACUCUU